UGCAAAUGCAAGGACUCAUCUUGACAGGAUUGCCUCUCGAUCACGGCUUGAUAGAUUAGACCGAGGGAUCAUGAAAUGCUCGAGUGAUUAUUGCUAAUUUUUUGACCAUAUUCAGAAAGGAUACCUUGGUCUACCUUGUAUAUCAUGGCGUGUUUUGCUGCAACACUUGGAGUCAUCAUUCUGUCAGGAUUCAUCAACCUGCUCUCAGCAGCAAGCAAAGACACCUGUGACCUCUCCGCUGCUGUUGAACAGAGUCUGACUCUGCCUCUGGGCUAUGAAGGGCUGGCAAACACACAUGUGCUGAAAUGGACUCACAACAACACACUCAUUUUUUACAGACAGCAAGGCAAAGUGUCUGUUGGAAAGACAGAGGACAUUUCUCCAUCCGGAUCUCUUCUGUUGAAGAACCUACAAUUCUCCAGUGCAGGCGUUUACCAGGCAGAUGUGCUGCAUCCAAAUGGUACUUUAGCUAAAACAUGGAGUGGUCGUCUGUGUGUGAUGGACAAGGCGCCAAAACCUCAACUCACUUACGUCUGUGACUUCAAGACUCGUGCUGUUAAUCUAAAUUGCAACGUGGCCAAACCUCAGGGUUUGGUGUUCUCGUGGACACUUGAUGAAAAGACAUUAACAAGCGAAACCAGACAAACAUUGAGCAUAUCAUUGGAGCAAUUAAAAGGGGAGAGGAGCUUCACAUGUAGCGUGGCAAACAAAGUCAGCAAGGAGAGGAGUGACACUGUUCGACCAGCCUGUAAGAGUCCAACACCGUCACCACCAUCACCACCACCUUCGCUUUGUUUUAAAUCCAAAACUGUUGUGGCAGUGGCAGCAGGAGGAGUAAGUCUGAUUCUGCUUUUGCUCAUCAUUAUCAUCGUAUUAUGUUGCUGCCACAGACGCGACAAAACCCAAAUGAGACUCCGAGAAAAAGGGGAACUCAGAAUGCUUUCUCUGACCAAGCGAGAACCCGACUCCACCAGCCCAGUGUAUGAGACGAUGCACCCGAGUGAGGACUCUCCGCCCCCGAGCCCCAAGCAUUCACAGAGAGCCUGUUACCAGAAUGUUUCUGAGCCUGAAGCUCAGAUGGUAAACAGGCCUUUACAGUUACCCACAGCUGCUGAGGAACAAAAACCUUCACCUGUGCCAAAGCCGAGGACAAAGAAUCCCCAGACAUCAAAUAUCUGAAGGAGCCUCCCUCUGCUGCCAUCCCAGAAACUUUCAGGGACUGAGACAAAAAGACAUUUGUGGCUUGAUAACAUACAACUGAACCAAAAUGAAGAAAACUAUUCAAUUCCACAGUUUUAACCUUGAUAAUAUUUAUCACUGCAACAGUUUGGUUCAUACUGUGCACUGACAAUUGAGUUAUCUGUGUCUAGGAUCAAUUUGCUAAGUCACGAUGUGCUGUGGGCCUGGGAAGAAGAACAUUUGUUUCUUUGCAAAUGUAAAUGUCUUGGUUUGUAUAUGUUGAAGUUUCAUUCUUUAAUGUUUUAAAGUUAGCCUGUAUAGUUGUUGGGGUUGUGGGUUGGUAGGGAUAUAAAGGAGGUGUCUGAUCCCUGGCACAUGUCAUGAUGCAAUCAACUGUGAUGGAUGAAUUUCAGUUUUCAUGUUAUCUUCUUUGUUUUAUGAUUAAUUCUGUAACUGCAGAGCUGAUGUGUUUCCAUGUUACUAAUGAAGCAAUUUCAUUUCUAGAAAAAAAAGGAGAUUUUUGUGUAAAAAGGUUGUAGAUAAAAGUAAUAGAUUAAAUGAUAAAGCUGGUGAUAUUCUGUAUUUUUCUCAAAAUGAACUAAUCCCAAAACCAACAAAGCAUUUAUAUAUACACAUUCAUAUUUAUAUACACAUAUAUUCUGUCUUAUUUUCCAACUUCCUUAAUGCUAUCUGUGGCACUCAGCCUCAAGCUGAUUGGUUCCAACUGAAGACGUAAAUCUUUAAAAGCAGGUCACAGACAUAAACUUUAAUACUUAAAAAAAAAGGCUACAUACUUUUCUAAAACAGCAGGACGCUGUUGUUUUUAGCAAGUGUUUCUCAAACAAGAGCAUAUUAUGUGGGACUAUUUGGAGCGACAACACUUUUGUUGCUUUAGUGACUAUUUCCAACCGCAGGGAUGUGGAUUUGGGACUGCCUGAAAAUAAACUGCAGUCUUCAUGGUAACGAAGGUACAUGUCACAGAGGCCAACUGUCUGGCUCAUUUAUGUGUUUAUAAUAGUUUUUGAACUCACAGCAGGAUACGUUCCAACAGCAUACGGAUACACAGGCGGCAUUUGUUUGCGAGAGUUUGUCAAUAAGAAAAAUAUAGAAUCUCAGCAGACUUAUCUUUUAACUUUGUCUUUAUAUUAAUUUGUAUAUGAAAACUGUAGCAAAGACAAAAUGGACGCAAAUGUGAAAAAAACAAACAUGUCUUUAUGUCCUCUGUCUGAGAUACUUUACCCAUUAAUCUUUCAAGAUUAACAACUGAGUUCUCUGUUAUUGAAUCACAUUGUAUGUUUACAUAUA